GUCGCAUCGAACAUUUACACCACUUCUUAAUCCAUCUCAUUCUAAUACAAAAUGAAAAGCGCAGCUGGUGUCGGCUUACUAGGCAGUGCCUUUGCCCUCGCAGAUACGCUUCAACAAGUUCCACAAAAACCUAUUCUCGCAGAUGCUUGCCCAUCGGAUUCUAUACUGUAUAAUGGCGAAUGUCAGCCUGCAGUUCUUGGGGCGCAAUCGACGACGGACAACAUACGACUAAACACUACUAUAACCCUUGAAGAAGCACGUGCAUCCGCGCAACAACACGAAGACUUUCCAUGGACGUUCUUACCAGAGUGUUACUCGAGUGAAAAACAGACCGAGCCUGUGUGCGUCUUCUCCGACCAGAACUUUGCUGAUGGCCGUGGCAUAUUCCUCGUCACUACCACCCCGCUUGCUUAUGAGAUGCUCAAAAAGCCUGCUUUCUCACAGCCCGGAGCCCUCUCCCGGAUAAACCAGCAUUCAAACCCUCCUUUCGAGGAACAGGACUUCCCUGGUAAAGGCCGCGGUAUUGUUGCCAACAAGACCUUACAUCGCGGCGACCAGAUAUUCGCUUCAACACCGCUCGUGAUCUCAAAUCCUCUCUCCUAUAACCUCCUCGAGUCAGAACGCCUGCGUCUCGGACACCGUGGCGUAGACACGCUCCCAACCGACACACAAAAGCUCUUCUGGAAGCUCCUGGAUCAUUUCAAAGGCGACCCUGUCGACGACCGCAUCAACACCAACGCCUUCGACAUCACCGUCAAUAAAGUACAGCAGUAUGCUGUGAUGCCCGAGAUUGCCAUGAUGAACCAUGACUGCAGGCCCAAUGCAGCCUAUUUCUGGGACGAAGACACGCUGAGCCACUACGUCCACGCGACACAGACCAUCUAUCCCGGCGAGGAGAUUACAAUCACGUACAUCAACAACGAAAGAAAGAGGGAGGCUCGCAUGAAGAACCUCAAGUCGAACUGGGGAUUCGACUGCUCGUGCUCGAGCUGUGCAGCACACCCUAUUUUCGCAGCUGAGAGUGAUGUGCGAAUCCAAGCGAUAGAGGAUAUCACCGAGGCGCUCAACGACUGGACAUCAUCUUCCACGGCAACGCCUGAAAUGGUGGAGACGUUGCUUUCAUUGUACAAGCAGGAGCGUUUGGAGGCCAGUAUGGGCGUGGCGUACAAGCACGCUGCUGAGGUGUACAGCAGCUUUGGAGAUCGAUACACCGCCAUCAAGUACGCGCAGUUGGCUGUGGAACUUUUGCAUCUCGAUCGUGGGUUCAACGAUAAUGAUGUCAAGUUUAUGUUGGCCAUGGCGAAGGAUCCCGAGCAGAGCUGGAGCUGGAAGAAGAGAGUGGGCCACAAGAGGUUCGAGGGUAGCUCGUGUGGACACGCACACUAACUGCGCUACCGACAGCAAAACAAAGUGUCUUACGUCUGCGAAUUUGGAGUUUCGGGAGGUUCUUGUGGGAGUUUUGGGAAAGAAUAC